CUAAAUUUAUCAUUCAAACAAUCCUCUAAGUUCCUACUAUCCAAUUAUGUUGUUAGGUGGGCAGCACGGGUCUGAACUCGGUCACUCAACUCCACAACUACAACUACCACCAUAUGACUAAUAUGAACUUUCCUUCGCGGCUAUUUACACCAUUCAAGUUUCGAAUUGCAAUUUAGAACUUGGAACAUGGCUCCAAAGAGUAUAACGGAGUUGGGAGUCGACGACUUUGUUAACGCUGGCUUAUCACCGGUUGAAGCCAACCAAUUCAAGGAACUUCUCCUCUCACUCUCACUCUCCUCCGGCGACGAUCCCGCCCACACAUGGCGCCGCAUCGUCAGCCGCAGAGUCCUCAAACCAUCUUAUCCUCAUCCAUUGCAUCAGCUUAUCUACUAUACCAUCUAUUCUAAUCAUCACUCUUCACCUACUCCUCCUCUUUAUUGGUUCCCUUCUAUAGAGCAGGCAAAACGCACCAAUCUAGGUCGUUUCAUGGAAGCUCAUGGUUCUGAGCUUUUAGGAGCAUCCUCUUACAAGGAUCCUAUUACUAGUUUUCCUCUUUUUCAUAACUUCUCUGUUCAACACACUGAGGUGUACUGGUCUCUUAUUCUCAAGGAACUUUCUAUUUCCUUUGUUCAACCUCCAAAUCGCAUUUUAGAUACAUCUUCCAACCCAUCGAAACACGGAGGAACCUGGCUUCCUGGUUCUGUCCUUAACAUUGCCGAUUGUUGUCUGCAACCCAGCUCCCGCCCUAACAAACAAGACGACAGUGUAGCCAUCGUGUGGAGGGUUGAAGGUUUUGAUGAUGACUCCGAGGUUAAUCGUAUGACUCUCAAACAACUUCGACAACAAGUCAUGUUGGUGGCGAAUGCAAUACAUGCUAAUUUCUCGAAGGGCGAUGCAAUUGCAAUUGAUAUGCAAAUGACAGUCAAUGCUGUGAUUAUAUAUCUUGCUAUUAUUUUAGCAGGAUGUGCUGUGGUAUCAAUAGCUGAUAGCUUUGCACCAAAAGAAAUUGCAACUCGCCUCCGUGUUUCCAAUGCAAAGGGUAUUUUCACACAGGAUUUCAUAUCAGGAGGUGGCAGAAAAAUCCCGUUGUACAGUCGAGUCACUGAGGCAGCUGAAUGUAAAGUUAUCGUGCUACCUGUGAUAGGUGAUGAUGUAGCAGUACAAUUAAGGGAACAAGACUUAUCAUGGAAAGAUUUUCUCUCUUCUGGAAGUCAAAACUCCAGAUCAGAUGAUUACUCUCCAGUCUAUCAGUCUAUUGAUACUGUUACUAAUAUACUAUUCUCAUCUGGAACCACAGGAGAUCCAAAAGCUAUUCCUUGGACUCAACUUGCCCCAAUACGAAGUGCUGCUGAUGGAUGGGCUGCUAUUGAUGUACAAGCUGGAGAUGUCUAUUCCUGGCCUACGAAUUUAGGAUGGGUGAUGGGACCUACUGUAUUAUAUCAUUGCUUUCUAACCGGUGCUACUCUUGCUUUGUACCAUGGAUCUCCUCAAAGCCGUGGUUUUGGGAAAUUUGUUCAGGAUGCAGGUGUUACCAUUUUGGGAACCGUUCCAAGCUUAGUGAAAUCUUGGAAGAGUACUCGAUGUAUGGAGGGCUUGGAUUGGACAAAGAUAAAGUUAUUUUGUUCCACUGGAGAAACAUCAAAUGUUGAUGAUGAUCUAUGGCUUUCUUCAAAAUCUUAUUAUAAUCCAAUCAUUGAAGUAUGUGGAGGAACGGAGCUUGCGUCCAGCUACAUUGCAGGAAGCCCCCUGCAGCCUCAAGCUUUUGGAGCAUUCAGCACAGCAUCAAUGACAACUGGCUUUGUCGUUCUUGACGAAAAUGGAGUUCCUUAUCCAGAAAAUGUUCCAUGUGUUGGUGAAGUGGGUUUGUUCCCUCUCUCUCUUGGAGCAUCUGAUAGAUUGCUGAACGCCGACCAUGAUGAGGUUUACUUUAAGGGAAUGCCCGUGUAUAAAGGAAAGCAGGUUCUUAGGAGACAUGGAGAUAUAAUCAAGAGAAUGGUCGGUGGCUAUAUCAUUGUACAAGGGAGGGCUGAUGACACCAUGAAUCUUGGUGGAAUAAAGACAAGUUCAGUAGAAAUUGAGCGUGUCUGUGACAGGGCUGACGAGUGCAUUUUGGAGACAGCUGCAGUCGGUGUUGCAACUGCAAAUAGGGGGCCAGAACAACUGGUUAUAUUUGUAGUUCUAAAGGAAGGAUACAAUUCAAAUGCAGAAACUCUAAGAAUGAAAUUUUCUAAAGCUAUUCAAAGCAACCUCAAUCCUUUGUUUAAGGUAAGCAUUGUUAAUAUAGUUCCUGAGUUUCCUCGAACAUCUUCCAACAAAAUCUUGAGGAGGGUAAUGAGAGAUCAAAUGAAGCGCGAACUAUCAGUUCAGAGCAGACUUUAGUGACAACCAAUUCUCAGGCAUACUAGGACAGACAGUCCUCUUCAUGUGCAUAAAGAAGUGAGCGAUGAAAGACAGUCAAUCCUUUGAUUUGGAAGCUUGAAGAUUUUAACUACCAAAAUAAGUGACACUUGUGAGGGGUGUAUAAAUAUAAAAGUUAUAAAAAUUGAGGAAAAAAAACAAAACUGAUGGUAGAAGUACAAGUUACAACCACUCGUCAAUGUUUGAUAAACAAUGGUUUAGAAGGGACAAAUACUGUCUGUGGUACAGGUGCAUUUUGCAUUCCCAGGAUACUCUUUUAAUGACAAAUGUUAGUAUAUGUUAAGUGUUAUAUUAUGCAGGGAGAUAAAACUCUGCACCUUCUUAUUACUAAACUCUUUCACUUCAAUUAUCAAACAACAUUCUAUUCUUAA